GUUCCCGCAAACUCAAAAGAAUAACAACCAUCUUCCUUCCUCUUCCUCUGAAUAAUAUCUCCGUUUGCAGACGAGAAAACACGAAUCUCCGAGAGUUAUUCAGGCCUUCGACUACAGUUUGGAUUUCUGCUGGUUAGACUUGUUCACAAAAUAAGUCAUGUCAGCUACCUCCACCAGUGGAAGCGUCGCAGGCGCCACCUCUGAAGAUAUAUUUCGUCUCUCUACCGCCAUGGAUUCUACAGAUUUAACUGAAUCUUCUUCAAACUCUACUGUCACACAAACCUUGCCUUUCUCUUCUGGAAACCCUAGAAUUGAAGAAAUCAGAGGAAUUAUGCAUCUCUAUCGGGAUGAUUCCCCUAAUUCAAAUCUUCCUGUGGGGAGGAAACCGCUUGUUUGUGUAUUAGCAGUACCUAAUCACAUGACUUAUGCAGACUUUUGCCAAUUCUGUGGUUCAUUCAUUCAGCAUAUACUUGAGAUGCGAAUAGUCAGAAAUGAUGGAGAUGAGGAUCAGUAUAGUGUUUUGAUAAGAUUUGAUGGUCAGGAAUCGGCAGAUAAUUUCUACAAGCAUUUUAAUGGGAAACGUUUCUCGUCGAUGGAGGUAGAGGUUUGUCAUGUCCUUUUCACUGUAGAUGUACAGUUCACAGCUUCAAUAGAACAUGCACACACUUCCCCUGCAAGCUCAACUGAACAGCCGUCUUGCCCAGUUUGUCUAGAGAGAUUAGACCAAGAAAUGGGUGGCAUUCUCACAACGAUCUGCAAUCACUCAUUUCACUGUUCGUGUAUCUCAAAAUGGACUGAUUCUUCUUGCCCGGUCUGUAGGUACUGUCAGCAACAGCCUGAGAAAUCCAAAUGCUCUGUAUGUGAAACUCUUGAGAAUCUCUGGAUUUGUGUCAUCUGUGGGUUUGUCGGCUGUGGAAGGUAUAAAGAAGGUCAUGCUAUCAGACACUGGAAGGAAACACAGCACUGCUAUUCUCUUGAAUUGGAAACUCGACGUGUUUGGGAUUAUGUUGGGGACAAUUACGUUCAUCGACUGAUCCAAUCCAAAACUGACGGAAAGUUGGUAGAGUUGAACACUUGUAUGCAUACUGGUGAUUAUGGAAGUUGUGAGUGCAGUAAGGAUUUUGGAACCGGUGAAGUGCUCUUCAGCAGCAAACUUGAAGCCAUUGUUGAUGAGUAUAACGACCUUCUUACAUCCCAACUUGAGAACCAAAGAACAUAUUUCGAGUCACUACUUUUGGAGGCAAAGGAGGAAACUGAAAAAGAAAUUUCUGAAUCUGUUGACAAGGCUGUUGGGUCAAGACUGCAGAAAUUGCAAAGCAAGCUGGAUAAGCACAUGGAAGAGAAGAAAUUUCUUGAUGAGGUCAAUGUGAAUCUUAUGAAAAAUCAAGAUUUCUGGAAGUCAAAGAUUCUGGAAAUCGAAGAAAGGGAAAGAAAAGCCUUAAAGAUAAGGGAUGAAAAGAUAGAGGCCUUGGAGGAACAGCUUAGAGGUUUAAUGGCGUACAUUGAAGCUGAGAAUACAGAGGAACACGUAUCCGGAUCAAGUGAGAUAACGAAUGGUAUGGUUGUAUCCAUGGAAGGCACAAAUAGCAAUGCUAAAAAUGCAUCUAGAAGUAGUAACAGAAGAAGAAAUUGAUCCAUUAAUAAACCCAAUCUUGUAGCAAAAGUAUAUUUAGAAAUUUUGUGUAUAUGUUACUCCGUCACUGUAUAAAAAUUAUAGUAUCUUCUGUAGUGGUCAGCUAACUCUCCUACCUCUCUUUCACUCUGCUAAUAACAGACGAAGCCAGAAUGAGGUCUUUUUAAACUUCAUUUGCACACUUCUAAUAACAUUUUCAGUAGCAUUGAGUAUGUCUUUGUUCA